UGCGCAGUGGGAAGUGAAAGCCUUUACGCACAAACAACACCAGUGAGUGUGUGAGUGAAACUACUGUUGAUAACCUCCAUGUUUACAGGUGUAGAAUACCCCGAGAAAUACUGUUAAAGCGAAACGAAACACUAAAUAAAGCCGAAAGGAAGGAAGAGAAACCUUUGAGCUUCGGAAGGAACAGCUGACAGAGACGUCACGGAUACUUUGCUUCCUGUUGUGAGUGUGGAUAUGAAAUGUUGACAAAAAUGUCGUUAAAAGGGCAACCAUCGACAGGCUGAACCACCCGGACCCUGUGUGUCUACAGCCAGGAUGUCUCUGACUUCAGGCGGUUGGGCACCAGGUUUUACGCAGGACCAACAGACCCAGGGCCAGACCCAGGGCCAGACCCCCGCCCUCCAGGGUCUCCAUGCCGGGGCCCAGCACCCUCAGACCGGUUGCCACACCGUCCUCGCGUCGGUCCGGGUGUCGGUGUGUCACUCCGGGAUCCGGCCCCUGUGUCUCCCCGGGGCAGGAGACAUGUCUCUCCGCCUGCAGCUCAGCAUGGACCCGGGGAAGUCCGGGGAAUUCCGGCUGUCGCUCCAGCAGAGAGCGGGGGGGGUCGGCCGCAGCGUGACCAUCACAGAGUUUGAUCUGAGGAGCGUGAAGUAUGAGGUGAAGUCACCAAAGUGCCACGAGCUGAGUCUGGCGGCGCCUCCUCAUGACCGCAUCAGCUUCAACUUCCGCUGCGAGGUGGAGGCGCAGGAGUGGGCCACGGUGGUGCUGUCAUCACUGAGGGAGACGCACAGAGUCGCCCCUCAACACUACAGUCCACCGCGCCCCCCCGAUGAGCUCCAACUUGAAAAAACAACAGCCUUGCAACGAACAGAGGACACCUGCCUAGAGCUGACUCGAGCCAUAGAGGCAGGCGACAUGCAGUCUGCGUCGCUCUGCGCUGCGACGCUCGCCCGACAACACGCCGCGCUGAAGAUCCAACCGACCCCCCGAGACGCUGAGGACAAUGAAAUCAACUUGGUCGUUGCUGUUGAGGAUUCUUCUUCGUCGUGUUGCGUCACUGUGAAGGUUUUCCCACACAUGACGACGGCUGCACUGAAACAGCAGAUGUUCCUGGAGUACGGCUUCCACCCUCGGGUGCAGCGCUGGGUGAUCGGUCAGUGUCUGUGCAGCGACCAGCGCUCCCUGGCCUCGUACGGGGUCCGUCAGAACGACGACUCGGCCUUCCUGUUCCUCCUGUCCGCCCGACACGCUCGCCUCUCCCUCCAGGCCCUGCAGCAGGACCAGGAGAGUGCUCUGCUCCUCACCCCUCCCUCUCUGCCUCUCCUCAGCCCUCCCUCUCUGCCUCCCCCCCACCCCCCCGCUGAAGCUACCUCUGCUAACGACCCCUCCUCUCUGGACCGGAGGCCGUACACCACCCUGCCUGCGAGGCUCCGCAGCAGCAGCACGGGUGGGUCUGAGAGAGGGAACAUCCGUGAGAUCAGAGAUCUAGCCAACAUGGAGAUGCCUCAACUCAACAGAGCUCUGACCCCCAACACAGCCUCCACACAGGGUUGGGCGUGUCCGUCCUGCACCUACAUCAACAAACCCACGCGUCCGGGCUGUGAGAUCUGCAGCACCAACCGCCCUGAGAGAUACGUGGUUCCGGGGGGGUACCGGCCCGACGACCUGGAGCUCAGACGCAUCCAGCAGGAGAAGGAGGCGGUCAGACAGUACCAGCAGGCCCGGGAAGCGGAGCGCAGAGAGAACUUCGCCCGGCUGGUGCUGCUGGACGGACAGGAGCUGCUGCCGAACCCCGAGCCCGUGGACUGCAGGAUCUGCUAUGUGGACCUGAAGAGAGGGGAGGGGGUCCUGCUGAGGGAGUGUCUGCACUGCUUCUGCAGAGAGUGCCUGCGUUCAGUCAUCAUGCUGAGUGAGGAGCCGGAGGUGGCGUGUCCCUACAGAGACGACACGUACUCCUGUACCUGCUCCCUGCAGGAGAGGGAGAUCAGAGCCUUGGUGCCGGCAGAGGAGUACGAGCGCUGGCUGCAGAGAGGACUGUCGGUGGCAGAGUCUCGGUGCGAGGGCAGCUAUCACUGCGCCACCCCCGACUGUGCAGGCUGGUGUGUGUACGAGGACACGGUCAACGUCUUCCACUGCCCCGUCUGCACCAAGCACAACUGCCUCAUCUGCAAGUCUAUCCACGAGGGAAUGAACUGUAAGCAAUACCAGGAUGACCUCGCAGCGCGCGCUAUAAAUGACUCUGCAGCCAGGAGGACGACACACCUACUGAAGACCCUGGUGCAGUCAGGCGAGGCCAUGCACUGUCCGCAGUGUGGCAUCAUCGUGCAGAAGAGGGAUGGAUGUGAUUGGCUGCGCUGCACCGUCUGUCACUCUGAGAUCUGCUGGGUGACCAGAGGGCCUCGCUGGGGGCCGGGGGGUCCUGGAGACACCAGCGGGGGAUGUCGCUGCAACGUCGACAAUCAGAAAUGUCAUCAAUGUCAGAACUGCCACUGAGAAACCUGAGAGGUCAGAUUAUAAAAUGUACUGAGAUAUACACCUUUAAAUAAAGUAUUCUCUAAAAUAGAGAAAAGAGGAUUAAGCUUAAACGAAAAGUGGAUUCAAGCAGGUUCCUCGUAUUAUAACUGGACACCAUUUCUAACCACUUUUCAGUGCCACUAGAAUAACUUAUUUUUUUAAUUAAACCUUUUAAAUUAUACGUUGAUAUAUAUAUUUUAAAAAGAUCACUUCUGACUUUAAAAUGUUUGCACUGCAAGUGAAGCAAUACAGAUGUGUCCUUUUCUGUUUUGGAAGCAGUUACAAUGCAUUACAUUAAAGGGACGGUUUGGAUUUAUGAAGUGGAGUUGUCUGUUGGUGCUUCUCCAUAUUAACUUUAGUAGACUGAUAUUGAUAUAUAUAUUUUUUUCAGCAGUUCAUUACUUAGCUUCCUGUUUGUACUCCUGUCUGUUACCCAAACUGCAUGCUGUCAGUAAUACACUGACUGUGGAUAAGUACUUCAUAAGACCCACAUAAAAACAUCCAAACAUCUAAACUGAAUCUAAACUGUGGCCUUAUUCUUGUGCAUAAAAGCUGUUACAGGUUAAUUCUGAGGACGUUUUCUGACUAAAUCUGUCUUGUGUCCUUGACGUGCAAUUUUCUCCAUAGAGGUAUUCAAACACAGUUAAUAGAGUUAUAUAUCGUUACAUUGUUUGUGUCUGACUGCAUGUGUCCUUUGUCACCAAAGAAGUUUGAAAUGUGUUUGAUUGUUAAUGUUUGAGUGGAAGCAGGCUGUUUUGGUGCUGAGGGUACUGAGUGUUAUAUGCUGAUAUUAUUAAUAAAUAGAAGUUAAUAGUCCGAUUCAUUGCAAUACUUGAAAAUAUUUCUGAGAAGGCACAUUUAUUCAUUUUGUCCGGAAGCUUAAUAGGUCGGCUGCAUGUUAGCCAGCACACUUACAGCUUUAUUAAACGUUUAAAAGCUUUGUACCCAUGGUAGUAUUUGUAAUAUGUUCUAUUUCAUCUAUGCAUGUUAUUCUGAUUGAGUCCUCACCUCCACUACACUACUGCCCCUCACUGACAAGCCAUGAGAAGUCUCCACUGUUACCUGUGUUCAAACAUCAGCUCUGUGUCGCUGGUGUUCACUUGUGCCUUAAUUAUCAAUAAAUACACUUCAAAACUCACACA